AUCAAACAGCAGCAGACCUCGGUGUCGUCCCCUCAUUUUCUUGCUCUUCUCGUUUCUAUAUUUUGGGAUGAGGGUCCAAUCUCUCGUUCGGGCGCAAUCGCUCGCUGCGAGCUGCCUCCGCAAUUCUACUCGAACCGCGUCCCGAGCGCCUUCGCGAUGCGCUCUGUCGACCGCCGCGGUGUCCCGUACGGGAUUUACCAGCGGCACAAAAACCGAUGCAUGGAUAAACAGCCAACGGGAAUAUGCGCAGAGGAGAUGGCAGUCUGCUGCUGCAGUAGUGAUGGAGAAGGCAACCGCCGACCCGAGUACAUUAUCACAAGAAACUAUCGUCGAGAAUCUGGACCCUAUCGAAGCAGCGAGAUUGGCUAGAGUCAGGAACAUCGGUAUUGCUGCACACAUUGAUUCCGGCAAGACUACCGCGACCGAGCGCGUUCUCUUCUACACCGGUCGUAUCAACAGCAUACACGAGGUGCGUGGUAAAGAUGCCGUCGGCGCAAAAAUGGACUCCAUGGACCUCGAGCGCGAGAAGGGCAUCACCAUUCAGUCUGCGGCGACCUUUUGCGACUGGAUAAAGAAGGAAGACGGGAAGGACGAGAGGUAUCACAUCAACUUGAUCGACACGCCUGGCCACAUUGACUUCACAAUCGAGGUGGAGAGAGCGUUGCGGGUGCUCGACGGAGCGGUCAUGAUCCUCUGCGCUGUCAGCGGUGUCCAGAGUCAGACUAUUACGGUGGAUCGACAAAUGAGGAGAUACAAUAUUCCUAGGAUAUCAUUCGUCAACAAGAUGGACCGCAUGGGCGCUAACCCGUGGAAAGCGGUUGACCAAAUCAACCAGAAGCUCCGUAUACCCGCUGCAGCUAUUCAAGUUCCAAUUGGCCGCGAGGAUGGCUUCCAGGGCGUUGUGGAUCUCAUCAGGAUGAAGGCCAUCUACAAUGAGGGUGCUAAGGGAGAGAUUAUCGUCGAGAAAGAUGAGAUACCGGCGGAACUGGUUGAGCUUUGCAAGGAAAAGAGGCAAAAGCUGAUUGAGACACUGGCGGAUGUUGAUGACGAGAUUGCUGAAAUCUUCCUCGACGAGCAAGAGCCAACACCCGAGCAGAUCAAGGCCGCUAUCCGAAGAGCUACGAUUUCUCUGAAGUUCACCUCAGUAUUGAUGGGCUCUGCGUUGGCUGAUAAGUCAGUCCAACCAAUGCUCGAUGCCGUUUGCGAUUACCUCCCCAACCCCGCGGAAGUCGAGAACAUGGCGCUGGACAAGAAGAGAAAGGAGGCUCCGGUCAAGCUAGUAUCAUAUAACUCGCUACCCUUCGUGGGGCUGGCUUUUAAGCUCGAGGAGAGCAACUUUGGACAGUUGACUUAUAUCCGAGUAUACCAGGGCACAUUGAAAAAGGGCAUGAAUGUGUUCAACGCCCGGUCAGACAAGAAGGUCAAGAUUCCCAAGAUUGUGCGCAUGCACUCCAACGAGAUGGAGGAAGUGCCAGAGAUUGGUGCCGGAGAAAUCUGCGCUGUAUUUGGUGUUGAUUGCGCCUCUGGAGACACCUUCACAGAUGGUGCGCUAGGAUACACCAUGACGUCCAUGUUCGUACCUGAACCCGUCAUUUCCCUCUCCAUCAAGCCGAAGCAUACGAAAGACACACCCAACUUCAGCAAAGCGAUGAACCGCUUCACGCGCGAAGACCCUACUUUCAGAGUACACGUAGACCCGGAGUCUCAGGAGACUGUGAUCUCAGGUAUGGGCGAACUGCAUCUCGAUAUUUACGUUGAGCGCAUGCGAAGAGAAUACCGAGUCGAAUGCGAGACUGGUCAGCCUCAAGUCGCAUACCGAGAAACAAUGACCAAGCGUGUCAACUUCGACCACACGCUCAAGAAGCAAACUGGUGGUUCUGGAGACUUCGCCCGCGUCGUUGGCUGGAUGGAGCCUAGCGAGUCGCUUUCGGAGAACAAAUUUGAAGAACAGAUCACUGGUGGUACCAUCUCAGAAAAAUUCUUGUUCGCUUGCGAGAAGGGCUUCAUGGCGUCCUGUCAGAAAGGACCUCUUCUCGGCCACAGAGUCUUGGGUACCUCAAUGAUCAUCAACGACGGUGCUACCCACGCCGUCGACUCCUCCGAAAUGGCAUUCAAGAACGCAACACAACAAGCUUUCCGCAAAGCCUUCAUGCAGGGUGCACCUCAGGUGCUGGAGCCCUUAAUGAAGACUACUGUCACCGCGCCAAACGAGUUUCAGGGCAGCGUCGUCGGGCUACUCAACAAGCGUAACUCAGUCAUCAAUGACACAGAGAUUGGCCCCGAAGACUUCACAGUCUAUGCGGACUGCAGUCUUAACAGCAUGUUUGGCUUCUCAUCGCAGCUUCGGGCCAGCACGCAAGGUAAGGGAGAGUUCUCGAUGGAAUUCAGCCAUUACAGCCCUGCCCCGCCGCAACUGCAGAAGGAGCUGAUUGCGAAGUAUGAGAAGGAGCAGAAGGAUAGGAACUCAUAGGAGAAGGGUAAUGAUAGUAGGGCAGGCUGAGUUGGAACUUUCUCGUGCUAAUACCCAAAAAGGGCUAGGGAUGCAUAUAGACGGAUGUUUGGGCGAUAAGAAGGCUUUGAAAUGUAACAUACUGUAUAUUGUACAUUGUAAGGGCUUUGUCACGAAUGAGAUAUAC